AUGGACGUGGCUUUUGAGGGCAUGAUUGAUUAUAUCUUGGCAGUGUAUCAGGAUGAUAUAACUGCUUAUUCUAAAAAGGUCUUAGCAGUAUGGGCUGAUAAAGUGACAAUCAAGAAGUUCACAGGAUUUGCCCCAUAUGAGCUUGUAUAUGGAAAAGAAGCAAGAUUUCUCUUAAAUAAUUUGAUUCCAAUUUAUAAAUUUGUUAAAGAAGAAUGUUUGGAAGAAGUAAACUUCAUGGGGGACAGAUUGAUGGCUUUAGCUAAGCUGGAUGAAUGUAGAAGAGAAGCUCAGGAAAGAAACUUACAGAGGCAACAAAUGGUAAAAGCUUUACAUGACAGAAAAGCAUGCGAUAGAUCAUUUAAAGAUGGGGAAUGGGUGUUAAAAUGGAAUACCAAAGAUCAGGAUAAAGGGAAGCAUGGAAAAUUCAAUGCACUCUGGCUAGGACCUUUUAUCAUUUCAAAAAAGGGUGGAGAAAACUCCUAUUACUCGCAAGAUACUGAUGGUCAAAUGCAAGAAUUCUCGGUUCAUGCUUAG